AUGAAGUUCGCUGCCUUAGCCUCUAUUGCCGCCUUGGCCUGUGCCCAAGACAACUCGAUUGCGAUCGUCGGGGGCACCGAAACCAAGGUCGGUGCGCACCGGUACUUGGCGGGACUCAAAAGCUCGGCCACGUCCACGUCCAGCUGCGGCGGCAGUCUGAUCGCGCCCAACGUGAUUCUCACGGCGGCGCAUUGCACGGGCAGCGGCCUCACCACCGUCGUCGUGGGCUCGCACCUCCUCUCCGGCUCGUCCGACGGCGAGCUGGCCAAGGUCACCAAGGAGAUCCGCCACCCUAAAUACGUGGCUUCCACCAACGCCAACGACGUGGCCAUCCUCCUCUUGGACCGCAGCAUCACGACCAUCGCGCCUGUGGCAGUGUCCUUUGAGACGGUUCCUGCCGGCGUCCGGACGAUCGUGCGCGGGUGGGGCACCACGUCAUCCGGCGGGGCCCAGUCGCAAGUGCUCAAGGAAGUCGCCGUCGACUCGUGGGACAACGCCAAGGCUACCGCGGCCCUCGCCCCGUACGCAGUGGACAACACCAUGUUGGCUGCGGGGGGGUUGGCGGGCGAAGACUCGUGCCAGGGCGACUCGGGGGGACCGCUGACCAUCGAGACCAACAACAAUGCCACCGUCCACUUGGUUGGCGUCGUGAGCUGGGGCCUCGGCUGCGCCCAGCUCAACAAGCCAGGCGUAUAUGGCCGCCUCAGCUCCGCCCGCGCCUUCAUCGAGCCGUACUUGGCAAACUCGUCCCCCACGGCUACCCCUGCACCUACGACCACCAAGGUAGGAACCCCUGCACCUACGACCACCAAGGCAGGAACCCCUGCACCUACCACUACGAAGCGGAUCACCAAGAGACCUACGACCAAGAAACCCACGACCACUCGUCGUCCCAAGUUUGUCAAUGAUGGGUUUGGGGAUGACGAAGAGACCAACUAA